AGGAAUAAAGUUAUCUGUGCGUUACCUUCACAGGAAAUGAACUAUCAAUUUUUUCCUUUCUUUCACUUCUUACAUAUUCAUGAAUUAUCACAAUAAAUUGAACUUGAUUUUAACUGUACAGUCCUAGAGAAGUUUCAAUACUCUGUUGCAUAUUCAGUUUAAAAAACAAACAAAAAAAAGUUUAUUCUGUCAACUUUAGCCGAAGCUAUAACAACCGACUGGAAUUGGCAUGAAGAGAUUUUUUAUGAAAUGUAUCAAAUGGAAAUGUUCACUCUUACAACUCAUCGUACUCGUGAUUACAUAUUAAUAAAUCCAGAUUUUCAACACACUAAUUAUUAUAGCUUUCUUGGACGUUACAUUGGAAUGAAUAUUUUUCAUAAAGUACAAAUUGAAUUUCAAUUUCCAACUUUUUACUACGUGAUUGCCUUUGUCCUCAAGCUCGAUUUGAAUUCAGAAUUAUUGGAUAUGAUGUAUUGUAUGAAAGAAAAUACUCUAUCUAAGAAUUUAGACGACUGGACACGACUUUUAUCGGUUGACUCAGCUGAUAAAGAAAACGAUAUCGCAUGUCAAGAAAAUAAAGCAACUUUUGAAACAACACUAAAUAAACCGGCAGAUUUUGUCAAUCAACAAACGCCUCAAGUUGGUGACGACUCCUGCUUGAUAGUUAGUGAGGAGAGUGUUGCUCAGAAUCUACUUAAUGUCACCAGGACGAAGGACUUCGAUUCAUGUGAAACCGACGAAGACUGGCAAGCUCUCGUCGAAUAUGUCAAGAAGAUAAAUUAA